AUGUCCCCGAUAGCACAAACCGGAGUCGCAGAUGCCAGCUCUAUGGAGCAGCCACGUAUUCGGCGGAUUGGUAUGCAUGGCCACCAGGAAGGUGCAUCAGGGACACUUGUCAAGAGUGCUAAGUACGGCUGCUACAACGUAAAAUGGAAUGACCUCGCUUUCAUCCUAUACACCGUAGAGUACUCCACGCUGCGGGGCGAUGUCAGACUAUACUACCUCCUCCACGAAGGACCAGAGGAGCCAUCACAUGCACUGCUACUGGCGGCAAACAAAUGGGGGAUGAAACUCCAUGACGAGAUCCUCGUUUUCGAAAUGGGUCAUUGGCGAGAGGACCGCGACCUAUGGCAGGACGUUCAGAAAGCAAGCUGGGACGACGUAAUUCUUAAAGAGGAAUUCAAGGAGUCCCUGAGGACCGACAUCGAUGGCUUCUGGGAAGCCGGCGACGUGUACAGCUCCUUGUCGAUCCCAUGGAAGCGUGGAAUCAUAAUGGCAGGUCCUCCUGGCAACGGGAAGACGAUAAGCGUGAAGGCGGUCAUGAAGGAUUGCUACGCCCGAGGGUACGCACCCCUCUACGUCAAGUCGUUCAAGCAUGGCAUGGGCGAAGAGUACUGCAUGGGCGCCGUCUUCCAGAAAGCCCGCGAGAUGGCACCCUGCAUGCUCGUCCUCGAGGACCUCGACUCGCUCAUCAACAACCAAAACCGCUCCUUCUUCCUCAAUCAAGUGGACGGCCUCGUCGGCAAUGACGGGCUGCUCCUGAUUGCCUCCACUAACCACUUCGAGAAGCUGGACCCUGCGCUGAGCGGGAGACCGAGCAGAUUCGAUCGCAAAUACUCCUUCGACGACCCGGGAGAGGAUGAGCGUGCCCUGUACGCCAAAUACUGGCAGAACAAACUGCGAAACAAUUUGGACAUAUCGUUCCCAGAUGACCUCGUCGCCGAGAUUGCCGCAUUAACGUCCGAUUUCAGCUUUGCCUACCUCAAGGAGGCAUUUGUAUCGACGCUCGUGGUCCUUGCGACUGGAGCCAAGAGAGAAAGUAGAGCUUCCUUCGCGACUACGAUCAAGGAUCAGAUACAUACUCUUCGCGAGCAUAUAAAGAACAACCUGCGAGAGGCUGUGCAAGAUACCGGGACGAAGGAUACUGUGCAUGCACAAGCGUUGUUGCCUCGAGGUUUCGUCGGCGGUCACUAUGUGCAUGCCAUACCUGCCGAACCUCUUUAG